UAGUGUUGCUAGCUAGUCAAUAGGAUAGCAGGCCUUUAGAGAUAGACAUUGUAAACGCUUACUGCUGACAACAAGGAUUUAACAUGUCGGUUUUACUGGGUGCAGUCCGAGAUAAACAGAAGAUGAAAAAGAAAUUAAAAGCUGAGAAAAUGAAGAAGAGUAAAUCCUCGGGUGCUACAUCUCCUAGUCCGACCACAAGUCAGAGUUACAUCCCAUCAGCCACAACUAAGGUGUGGAACUGGGAACUCAAUGGGUCAGCUGUUAGCAUAGCCUUGCAGAAGGACACGAUGGACGUUUGGUGCAACGACGAACUUAUGGAUGUGACUAGCAACUUUUCAGAUGAAGGCUCGGAGCUUGAUUUCUGCCUGUUUGAACACAAAGCUAGAAUUAGAAUUUGUAGCGGUGGAAGUAGUAAGGAUGGAAUGUCUCAUACUCUCACGGUAGAUGGCGCUGUAAUACCGGAAGCCAAGGCGAAGCAUUAA